AUGCAACGGCAACAGGGGGCGGGGGCGGGGGCAGGGGAUCUCAACAAGGCCAAAGAAAGUUGUCCGGAGCAGCCAAGAGAAAUCAGAUGUGAAGCCGGGAGAGAGAAGGGAGGGAGGGUUAAAGGAUGCAAGGUCGUGCCCUGGUGGUCCGCGGCCGGCUUACUCAUGCGACGAGACGACAUGUGUAGAAGCCGGGCCGCCAUGCUAACGCCGCCGCGCCUCUGUGUGUGCGGGUUUAGUCAUGCAGCCGAGAGGUCGGAGAGACGGACAGGGAGAACGCAUCCAUCUCUGUCAAAGGGGGGAGACCCGCGGGACAUGGGGGGAGGAGGACACAUGUGUACAGAAGUGGACACGCUUAAGUGA